AUGCGCAAGCGUGAGAUAUGCUCGAACAUUCAAGCUGUCUGCAAGAACUUCUUCCACGACACGGGAUCUGCACCUUCUUUUCAAUUGUUGCUUUCGGACGCGAUUGGGAGCGACGAAGUCUUCAAGAUGAAGACCUCGUGA